ACAUGUUCACAGUAGCAGUUUGCCUUCUUUCAUCAUGGGGAGUUUUGGGCAUAGUGUGCAGCUUGGUGUAUGGUUUGGGGUUUUAGGCUUUGCUUUGGCACAGGACCAAAGUAAACAUUUUGAAUCAAAAAGUUUUCAUAGAUGCCAAGUUGAUGCUUAUGCAAGAGUGCCAUGUGGAGACCCAGCUAUUGGUGGUGCUGGUUGUGAAGCUCUCCACUGCUGCUUUGAUCAACAGUGUUAUUAUCCAAAUGAAGUUACGGUUCACUGUCUCCUGGAUGGCCAAUUCUUGGUUGUGGUGUCCAGAGCUGCCACCUUGCCGAUGCUUGACACUAGUUCUGUGAACUUGCUGGAGGGUCACAGUGGAGCUUCCUGUGGUCCUGUUAGUGCCUCUCCUGCCUUUGCAGUCUUCAAAUUCCCUGUCAGUGCCUGUGGAACCACAGUGAGGGUGGAAGGGGAUUAUGUGGUCUAUGAGAACAUGAUGGCUUCUAGAUAUGAUGUCGGGGUUGGACCUUUAGGCUCCAUCACAAGGGACAGCGUUUAUGAGCUAUUAUUCCAGUGCCGGUAUUAUGGCAGUGAGGUGGUUUCUCUGGUGGCUGAGGUGAACACGGUGCCUCCUCCCCUCCCAGUAGCAGUUCUUGGGCCCCUUCAGGUUGAGCUCAGGCUGGCUAGUGGUCAUUGUUCCUCCAAAGGAGGAAAGGGAGGAGUUGAAGGAUGCAGUGAUGCUGAGGUGUAUAGUGACUACUACAGGGAUGAGGACUACCCUGUGACCAAGGUGCUACAGGAACCUGUGUAUGUGGAAGUUCGGAUCUUGGAGAGGACAGACCCACACCUGGUCCUGCUUCUGGAAGACUGCUGGGCUACAUCCACCUCUAGCCCCCUCAGCCUACCCCAGUGGAGCCUUUUGGUUGAUGGGUGUUCAUCCACUGUAGUACGCAAGUUUGCCAUCCGACUGCUUCUGACCGCUGUGAACAGCGAUGCCGUGGUGGAAAACAAAGGAGGUCCAUUAGUCUUGUAGGAAGGGGUUCCACUGAGGAAAAGGCUCUGGUUUCCAGUAAGGCACUGAUGGUAACCAAUAUAGCACCCACAACCUCGGACCAGAGGCUUCAUGGUGAAGUGUCCCGUUCUGUGGGUUAUGGCCUCCUGGGAGCAGCUGCCUGUGUUCUGCUGGUCUCUACCUUGGCACUAGCUGUUGUAUGUCUUAAACCAUCUCGGGUUGAACUGAAGGUGUAGAAUUUAAAAAUAAAGCUCUUAUGGAAAAUU